AUGGAGGACGAAGAGAAGAACAGUUCUCUUGUCACUCAAAUCAAACACUUUGUGUCUUCUAAUAAAUUUGAUAUUGCUCUGACAGUUUUACUGUAUGUGUUGACCUUUUUAUGUGGAUAUCUUCCAACACACAAAAUAGUCCCAGACCCACUUGACCCGUUAUACUCCUAUACCAAAACAGAGAGUAUCGUCUCUGCCACAUUGAAUAAAAUAAUGAAUUUUUAUAUACCAGUGGUCCUUAUUUCAGUGAUGUCUGUGUUUUCUGGGGGUGUCGUUUUUGCAUUAAAGGCGCUGUUACCGUUUGUUUGUUCCGAGGCGUGUGUUGGGUUUUUGUUGGUAAUCACAAAGAAAUAUGCUGGUAAGCCACGGCCAUAUUACAACACAUCAUGUCUCACAAAAUACAAUGAAAAUUGCAACUCCAAUUUUCCAUCAGGACAUGCGGCGUAUGCGUUCCACGGUCAACUAUUUGUGUCCCUCUUCCUUAUCUGUUUUUUGGAGAAUUACACAUUCUUCAAAACUCUGAUUGGCAAGUUUGUGUCACUUCUUCCUCUUGCAUUUGCCACAUUUGUAGCCAUGUCAAGAUGCUAUGAUUAUCAUCACUCUUUCAUUGAUGUCAUAGCAGGUGUUCUGUUGGGGUCUGUCGUUUCUAUCACAUCUUUCUUUGUUUAUAAAAACAGAAUGUUUAAGAAGAAAACACUUACGCCAGAGGAGUUGUUUGAACUUGAAUUCGAGUAA